AUAGACAGCGGCCGGGUCGGCAUUGAACGUUCGUUGCGGAGCUGCUUUGGAAUUUCGUUGAAACAGUUUCACAAAAUCCGUUCGCGUCGAAAGUGUCACAACUUAAUCCGCUAAGUUAUAAUUAGCGAUUGGGAGCUAGACAGCAAGGGAAAAACUCACGGAAAACGAGUGCAAUAACGAAAAGUGCUCCGAAUUUGGGUUCGUCGAGUGCAUCCACUGCUUGUAGCUAGGAAAGAAGCCGCUUCAACGUGCCGGAAAGUCUCAAGGUGGAAUCUUCGGGAGAUAGCCCCUGAAUUCGUGCUUGAAUAGUUGAUCACUCGUAUUUUCAAUCAGCUCGCAGGACUUCGCCAUAGUUCAUCAUGGUUCAAAGUUGCGGGUUGGCGUGCAUUAAAACGCUUCUAUUCGUCUUCAACUUUCUAUUCGCGGUAUGCGGUAUAGUUAUCAUCGUAUGCGGUGCAGUGUCCCUGCAUUUCAUGAAGGGGACUGGGCCACUCAUCGGAGAAAACUAUGUCAGCGCACCCAUCGCGCUCAUUGUAAUCGGGGUAGCUGUGUUCCUGCUAGCUUUCUUAGGAUGCUGCGGGGCGUCCCAGGAGAGCUAUUGCAUGCUCACUAUGUUUUCGACUUUGUUGUUCCUUCUGCUGUGCGCUGAAAUCACGGUCGGCGUUCUCGCAUUCGUUUACCGAGGUAAGGCGAAAGAGAUCACCGAGCAGCAGUUGAGGGCAUCAAUGAAUGACUACUACAAGAGGAUCGAGGUCAAUCCGACCAAGCAAGCCUGGGACUUCGUGCAAGAGAAGCUGGAAUGCUGCGGCGUGACCUCCUCCAUCGACUGGAAUAGCGUCGGGAACGUACCGCAAUCUUGUGGGAGUAACCCUAUCCACCUCAAAGGGUGUCUGGAUACGCUUGUGGCUAAAGUUGAACAAUUUUCAGUUUACGUAGGCGUCGCAGGUUUCGUCAUCGGGGCAAUCGAGCUGAUAGGAAUUUGUUUCGCUUGUUGUCUGGCGAAUGGGGUUAGAUCCUAAGAGUUACAGUUGCCUCAGGUGAAGGAAUGUAAUGCUUUCAUCGCGCUCAGAAAACCAUUAUUUUUUGGCAUUGAUUAGGCAGGAAGAAUUCCGUGUUUGGAAGGAGCAGGUGGAUCGAAAACGAUGAGCGAAUGGGAACUUAGUCGAAAAUCAUCUUGAUGAUGCAGCGGGGAGGAUAAUUGAGGAACCAAAGAAUUAUCCGUGCGCCUGUCACAUCCGAACGGUAUGAAGCGGCCGUUAUGGUAUCAAGCAUCCGAGCGAAAUUCUGGAAGAUUCUGUAAGGUCAGAGUUUGAUGAAUGGCUUCCGCAUCAAAAUGAUCAUCAUCGGAUCCACGGAACGGUAUUCAUCGAUCAAGAACCCGAGCAGAACUUCAAGUUCCUCCACUUUCUUUCUCGGUAGCAUCGAACCUCUAGACAGCAGAUGCCCGAGAGCUUUCACUGACCCUGAUGUUUCGCCAGGACUUGAGUUUCUGGGGAGAUCUUCCGAUUGCACUUCUGAAAAUUUCUUCCCGACGACCCGUAGCAUCUGUAAAUACGGGCAACAAUGUUUUGGAGCUGAUUGCCGCACCCGGUCCUCUACAUAAACUCGACACACGAUCGACGCGCCUGGCUUUCGGAGUGAAGUAAUUCACACCUCAAUAGGAAGACUUAUCCACGUCUUCGCGGCGCGCGCUCAGCGGCUCGCGGAUCACCAGAGAACGGAUACUCGUGCCUAGUAGAAAAGAUCUUCGAACUCCGAUGUGCGAAACAUUUCGAUACUGAGAGAGAAUCGACUCGUAAGAAAAGUCUCAUCGACAUGAAGACUCUAGUCAUCGAAUCAAAGUAGAUACACCUCGAACCUUUCGAAAUGGCCGAUCCUGAUCACUGCGAGCUCACUCAAAACUCGAAACUUGGAGAACUCCCGAGCGUAUCCGAAACCUUGAGAAGGAAGACCGCUGUUGAAAACAGCUCCAGAAUCGCCCGGCUGCGUCGUGUGGCAUAGAUUGUUUUUCAUUUUCGGAUGCCAUGCGUCCCACGGGUCAUGGAAGUGCUUUUAGCUUAUUUAUACAGAACGAUCAUUGGUGGGGAGAUCUGAGGACGGCUGGAUUUUAUUUCAAAUUCACACGAUGUAUUCCAUACCUUCUUGCCCAUAAGGAUGGAUGAUCGCGGAUUCCAACCAUUGAAGUCUCAAACCCGUUGGUUCUGCAGUGUAUGCUCCCCGUCUACGUAGACUGGAGAACUCCUCGAGUUGGCAUAUCCAGUCUUGCAUUGCCUAAUGGGUGUUUCCGCCCCGUUCCCUCACUAGAUUGCCUCAAAAUCUCCCGGAAGUCUGGAGACUGCCCGGGGACAUGUAGGGAUUACGUCACGAUUUUUUAUGGUCGAAUUCCGUCGUUCUGGCUGAAGAAAACGUUAUCGACCUCUAAUUCGUCCGAUCAGUUUCCGCGAGCGAGUCCCAAGUGCAUUUGUAAGGAGCCCCGCAUUUCGCGACCGCAUUUUGGGUUUCUCUACCGGUUCGGCUGUUCGCGAGAGUAGAUAGAAGUUUUACAGAGCAGUGCGGAUCGGAGGAAACAGGGAUUCGAGAUCUUAGCAGCGUUGGAGCACUAUCGAUCGGCAGCCGGAACCCGGGACGACUCUCUUUCCGUGACUCAUGAAGACUCUGGCAUUUGGUGUUUUAUGAAACGGGAGGCGGGUAUCGAAUACCUCGCUCAUUUCUUAUGCCUAUAUGCCAAUGCACAUUCCAAAGAAAAGAAAAUCGUUUCAAGCGACGAGUUCGGGCCCUACAUACAUAUAAGGACUCCAGGGAACGCUGGGGGUAUUCAGAUCCCCUGAUGAAAGAUGAGAAUAAUGUUUGCGAAGACGAAUACUGCUAUGUACUACAGAAUAAUAAUGUUUGAAUAAAGUAAAUUUACUAUUUAUAA